AAGAUAGACUUGCAUUGUCACCGAAGUGGAACUCAUCUGUAAAGUUUGAACGAAUUCGCUGCAUUAGAAGUGGGAUAAUGUUGUGUUACAAGAUUCGCCAUAUACAAACUACAAGUAAACAAACAAACAAACAAACAAACAAACAAACAGACGUUGCGAACUAAAUAAAAUCUUGUAAUAAAAACUUGACUUUCGGUAAAAUAAAUUUAUUUAAAAAAAUAAAACUUACAUUAAUUUGGAUAAAUAUUUUGUGACAACAUACAAUGCCAAGAUCAUUACUUGUUUUUUAUAAUAUAACUAACGAUUACAUUCUAAAUAUUUUAUGUAAGUUAUCUUAAUGUAAAAAUUUAGUCUAGUCAUAUUUUUUUUCUUUUUAUGCAAGGUCAUCAGUAACAUAAAGUCUUGUAACAAAAGAGUUUUGUUUCGUUCAAAAGUUUUACUUUCAUUAAUUGGAGAAAAUCUGACUAAGGUGAUAAAAGCUGAACUAAAACAAGCUGUAAUUGAAGGCAUAAAUGAGGCUAUGAGGCAUAAAACAAGAAUGUAUCAAGGAACAGGACUGAAUUAUUUGCUGAAAUGCCUGGCUAAAUUGGCAGAAGGAGAGGAUGAUUUUCAUGAUAUUCUCCCACUGCUGCCGAAAUUGAAAGAAAUUAUAGCUCAUAAAAAUAUAUCAGAACAACAAAAUACAACAGCUUGCCUCAAGGAAUUAUGUAGAAGUAUGGAUGUCAGCCAACAAUUUAUUGAUGACGAAACCUUUAAUGAAAUACUGGGUCAGUUAACCGUCAGUGAAGACAAAAAUAUUUCAGAUAAUGCCCAUUCAAUAUUUUGGAGAUCAGGACAAAAUACUGGAACUUUGCCAUCCAAAAGAGACACCGUUCUUUCUGAAGAAUUCCCAAAACAUUUCACAAUUAAUGAAUCAACUUUAGGAAAAGGUGCUUUUGGUAGCGUCCAUAUUGUAAUCGAUGAAGCCAAGCCUAAAGAGGAAAAAUUCGUAGCAAAGAAAUCAUGUUUAACAUCAACUAAAGAUAUGGAUAGUUUUCUUGAUAUGUGUAUAAAAGAGGCAACGAUUCUACUUAAAGUAAAGCACAGACGAAUAGUUCAGUUUCAUGGAUUUAAGAAAACAGAGGAUGCAUUUUAUAUAUUUUUAGAAUUUCUGAAAAGUGGCACGCUUGCAGCAUUUAUAUCUAAGAGAGAACGUUUGUGUGAAAACUUGACACGCCAUUUCACUAUUCAAAUUCUAGAAGGUAUUGAGUACCUGCAUCAGAACAACAUUCUACAUAGAGAUAUUAAAGGCAACAACGUUCUUAUGGAAGAUGACAGGAACCUAAAGAUUACAGACUUUGGUCUAUCUGAGUUUAUUGAUGCCAAUGGCGUCUCUACCGAAAUUGGGACAGUGCGAUACAUGGCACCAGAAGUGAUUUAUACAGAAGGCAACGUAAUACAAAACUACACAAGCAGGGCAGAUAUAUGGAGUGUUGGCUGCACAGUGUUAGAGAUGAUUAACGGGAAACAACCGAACUCCUCUAUUCCAACAGAGCAAAUUGUCUUCCAGUCGUAUUUGGGCAACCCACCGAGUUAUCAGCUACCCGAAUCGUCAUCUGUUUACUUGAAGGAGUUUUUAGAAAGGAUUUUACAGCGGGAAUCUAAGUUUAGGCCAACAGCUGAGUGGCUGUUAAAAAAUGAUCCGUUUAUUACAAGAAGUGACGGGAUAGAGAGCUUAGAUGAGAUUAAGUGAUGUUUUUUAAAAGUAAAUCAUCAGUUAGUAGUCUCAAAAUACGUAUUAUACCUUUUCAGUUUAAUAUAUAUACUUUACAUUAUCGUUGAUAGAAAAAAAUGUUGAAGAAUAUAUAUAUAUAU